AUGGCGCUCGUUCUUAUGGUGAAGAAUAUUGAAGGACUAAAAUGCAAAGGGAACAAGGUCAAUGUCAAGGUCAGCUUCCGGAGUGCCUCUCAUUACUCAAAAAACGUCGAAGAAAGCGGAGGCUUUCUUACGAUAAACGAGAGCUUCACGUGGAACUUGGGGAAACCUGUGGAUGAACUGGAAACGAUACAAUUCUUGGUGCUAUCGUGCGGAAUUUUUAGAAACGAGGUGGUCGCGAGGUAUGGCUUGAGUUUGAAGGGAGUAGUAGAAGAAGGUCGAAUCGUUGUCGAAGAUUCCUUGGUAGACCUCAAUAACAAACCGCUUCCGGCCAUCCUCUGCUUCGACAUUCGAUACUACCCUCCUGGCGGAAGUUGCAGCUCGUACGCAGAGUCGGAAAUAAUGGAGGAUGAACAACAGAUGCUGAUCGACAUCAAGGAAAGUAUCGCGAACUUCGAGAGGCACCUGGAGCAAGCCAGCAUCGGCGCUGAGGCUGGUAAGAGGAAGGGCUCUUGGCACAGCGCUUAGUAAACGGUGGAAAGGAGUAUAAGCGAAGAAAAGAAAUCCGUUCUUUGCAGCAGGAGUUCGACAUUGAAAAGCAUGAGGUCCUUUAUGAAGCUGGGCAAGCAGAGACCACCCAGAGCUCGAUCCUGCGACAGCGGCUCAGACACCAGCGAAUUACUCGAUAGAAGGGACUCGAGUUGCGCAACAUCCAACGAACCUUCUAGAACGAACUCGAUGACUUCGUUGGAGACGAACGUCUCCGAUUACGAGAGCCAAGGAGGAGCAAACACGGCGGAGUCUCAGGAUGCUAUUGUAAAGCCAACGAAGAAAUCGAAGCCAAAGACCAUCGACACGGGACAAGCCGCGUUGAAGGCGCAAGAUUAUCAAGUUUGCAUCACGAUCAUCGAGGCGAGGCAGCUGGCUGGUUUGAACAUGGACCCGGUCGUUUGCGUGCAAGUGGGAGAUCAACGAAAAUAUACCAGCGUGAAAGAAUCUACGAACUGCCCCUAUUACAACGAGUACUUCGUCUUCGAUUUUCACAUGCCACCCGUAAUGCUGUUCGAUAAAAUUAUCACGCUGUCGGUGCAGCAAUCGCGGCAUCUCUUACGCGCUAAUCUAACGCUGGGCAUCUUUAAGUUAGACAUCGCGACUGUUUGGGCACAACCAGAUCACCAAUUUUACCAUAAAUGGGCUCUGUUGACGGAUCCGGACGACGUGGUUGGAGGUCCAAAGGGUUACUUAAAGUGCGACAUAAGCGUGAUCGGGAAAGGAGACACGGUGAAGAUUCCUCCGAAGAGCGAGAAGGACGAGGACGACAUCGAGGGUAAUCUACUUCUUCCGGAUGGUGUGCCUAUCGAGAGACAAAGAGCAAAGUUUAUAGUAAAGGUGUACAGAGCGGACGGAUUGCCAAAGAUGAACAGCAGCAUCAUGGCGAAUGUGAAGAAGGCGUUCACCGGUGAAGUCAAGGAUCUCGUCGAUCCAUACGUUCAAGUGUCUUUCGCCGGACUGACCGGCAAGACGAGCGUUAAGAGACACAGUUACGCGCCAGUUUGGAACGAACAGAUCGUUUUCACGGAAAUGUUUCCACCCCUCUGUCAAAGGAUUAAAAUUCAGCUUUGCGACGAUGACCCGGUUCACGCGACCGUGAUUGGCACGCAUUUCGUCGAUUUGAAGCAGAUCAGCAACGACGGCGAGAAGGGCUUUCUACCGACCUUUGGCCCGGCUUUCAUACAUUUCUACGGAAGCAUCCGGGAUUAUAGUAUCAUUGACGAACACUCCACGUUGAACGCUGGAUUAGGAGAGGGAAUCUCCUAUAGGGCAAGGUUAUUAAUAGGCAUUAGAACAGAAAUAAGCGACAACGUGGACAUGGCUCCCUCGGAGGUCGAGGUCGAACCCACGAUACCAGUCAACGAAUCCGCUUAUGCGAGAAACGAAGAAUUCUUCCUUUUCGCGACCAUAAUGGAUGCCACGAUGAUAGACAAGAAAUUAGGUGACAAACCGAUGUACUUCGAAUUAUCGAUAGGAAACGCGGGGAACGCUUUGGAUGGUCACAACGAGAGCUCCAAGAUGUGCGAUAUGGGACCAAAAAGUGGCACGAGUGGCGACCAAGAGGAGCUCCAGGAAGUCUUGAGUGGAUCUUGGCAAAGCACUACACCAGCCUGUAAACCGAUGACACACGAUAAAAUCUAUUACUUUUUACCGUACUGGGAUGACAAACCUUGCCUUCACGUUAGAAGCAUCUGGCCCGAUUAUAGGCGUAGAAUGUACAAUAGCAAUAUAAUUAGCAAAAUAUCAGAUAAAUUGGAAGAAGGACUGUUGGAGGCUCAGUCACACUCGGAUGAUUGUUCCGGCGAGAAAAUUUUGAAAUCCGCGUUAGAAGAGUUGAGCAGUAACUGUAAUAGGUAUGUCAGUAUCAGCAAAUCGAGUACCACCGGGCCGGGAGUUGGAAAAACGAAACUUGACAAGGAGAGAACGAAGCUGUGUCAAAGAGAAUUGGAAAAUAUAGGAGUGAUGUCGCGGAAUCUUAAAGCGGUGGUUACCAAGAGCAGUUUUAAGGAAAGAUUAAAGACGGCUCAAGGUUACUUGCAGAAAUUAAAGUUUCUCGUCGAAGAUCCUCAAGAUUCUCUACCGGAUGUUUUUAUUUGGGUAAUCAGUUCCGGUCGUCGGGUCGCGUACCACAGAAUACCCGGAAGAGAUUUAAUUUAUUCCAUCGUCGAUGAAGAAUGUGGUAGAUAUUGUGGAAAAGUUCAAACCAUGUUGCUUAAGCUUCCAGGGAAAAAACGAUUCGGACCUUCUGGUUGGGCGAUACAAACAAAGUUACAGAUUUACAUGUGGUUAGGUAUCUUAAAGCAUAAGAAAUACUUUACUCAAGGUUUGCCAAAGGGAUACGAAUUGAGUUACGAGUUGAAGAACGUCGACCGACAGCGCGCUUUGCCACCAACUAUUAUUCAUUACGUCGACAAACAUAAGUUCCAGUUAAGAGCGCACAUGUAUCAGGCCCGGUCUUUGAUCGGAAGCGACGCAUCUGGUCUUUCCGAUCCCUUCGCAAGAGUAAUUUGCGGCGAAUUUUGCAAGUCCACCCAAGUGAUAGAUGAAACGUUGAGUCCUACGUGGGAUGAACUGCUUCUUUUCGACGACAUCUUAAUUUACGGGACCGACGAGGAAAUUAAAAAGGACCCACCGUCGAUCGUCAUUGAACUUUUUGAUCAAGAUAAAGUGAGUCAUUUUGUAACUAUGGACAUAACACUGCAUGAGGGCUCUGCUUUAACAGGUAAAUCGGAGUACAUAGGUCGGGCGAUCGCGCGACCUCACGUGAAGCUUGACUCUGAAUCAUACACACCACCGAAAUUUCCGCCGUCUUUGGAAUGGUGCGACGUAACGAGAGGCGCUGCCAGGGCAGGUGAACUUCUCGCCGUUUUCGAGUUACUCGAAUACCCUUCUGCUACAGAUUACGGUUUUCCCACGUUACCAGACCCGAAGGAGGUAACCCAAAUGCCUGUCACAGCUCAGGACCAGGGUCCCAUUCUUCCGGUUCCUGUUGGCAUCCGACCAACCCUCUCCAAUUACCGAAUCGAAGUCUUAUUUUGGGGUCUAAGGGAUUUAAAGAGAAUACAUUUAAUGACCGUGAACAAACCUCGUGUAGACGUUGAAUGUGCUGGUCACAUUCUCUAUUCCUCGGUUAUAAUGAACGCAAAAAAAAAUCCAAAUUUCAAUACACCGGUGAAAUUCUUGGAAUUGGAACUACCGGAACAGGAGCUAUAUCGGCCACCUUUGACGAUCAGGGCAGUGGACUGUAGAAGUUUCGGUCGUUAUACACUCGUUGGAACGCAUACGAUAAACUCGAUCCAUAAAUACAUGUAUUGUCCGCAAACGAAGAAAGCAAAGGAUGCCGAAGAUAGGAAGAAGAAUUUAUACCAGCUGCAGCAAUACACAGGUUUCGAUACAUCGAAGACUAAAGGUCAAUACCCAUCCUUGCCAGAGUCUUUAACUGAUCUUGAAUUCGCUAUUGGAGAUGCGACUAUUACUCUAGGAUUAGAGCGAAGUUGGCCAACGAAGAGGGAUAAAACGGAACUGAAUAUAAAAAAGAAACAAAGUUUAGUCAAUGAUGGAAGCAUGGGAGACUUCGGUCCGUACGAGGAAGAAGAUGGCUGUCAAGAUUGGUGGACGAAAUACUUUGCCUCUGUGGAAGCCAUGAUAGAAGAAAAUAAGGAACUUCGUAAAGAGAAACCAAUGUUCCAAACUCAAGCAAAUGGUACCGUUUCAACGUACUUGGAAGAAACAUAUAAUCAAAAUCAACAAGUAAACGUGUCGGGUGAGAAGAGUCCUGGCGUUACCGCAAAAAAGUUAUUUGGCCUAAAGUCGACAGCAAACGCAGCGAGGUUUGUUUCGAAGCUUAGCCCUAAGCAUACGUAUCGAAAAUUUCCCAAAACGGCAUUGUUGAAAGUUUACCCGAACGAAUUAGAAGCUCAGCCAGAGUUCGAAUACUUUAAGGAAUGGCUGCACACGUUCGAACUGUACAGAGGGAAAAAAACUGGAGACGAACCCGAAGAUGAGUCUAGAAUAGUCGGGAGCUUUAAAGGGGCUUUAAAAGUUUACAAAUGGCCUCUACCAAGGGACUUGAUAGAUCAUACAGUCAUGGGAUUCGAUCCUCAAUAUGGUUUUUUUCAAGGUGUACCUUCGAACGAACCGAUUCAUGUCUUGGUACGUGUAUAUAUCGUGAAGGCAAACGAUCUCCAUCCUUGCGAUCUGAAUGGCAAAGCAGAUCCUUACGUCGUUUUACAACUGGGUGUUAAAAGAAUAAGCGACAAAGAGAAUUACGUAUCGAAGCAGCUGAAUCCUGUAUUUGGCAAGUGUUUCGAGAUAGAAGCAACCUUCCCGCAGGACUCGUUGUUGACUGUUCAAGUAUUGGAUUGGGACUUAGUGGGCACAGACGAUAUGAUCGGUGAAACGAAAAUCGAUCUGGAAAAUCGAUUUUAUAGCAGGCAUCGUGCUACGUGUGGACUAGCCAAAAAAUACGACGAAUCUGGUUAUAAUAAAUGGAGAGACGCGAUGAAACCGACACAAAUUUUAUCGAAACUUUGUAAAGAAGGGAAAGUUGAUGGCCCGAUAUAUUCCCAUGGAAAAGUGACAAUUGGAAGAAAGACGUUUUCUUUGUCGAAUGAAGAAAUGGAAUGCUACGUUCACACAAAAGGCAUAGAAGAGCACCUUGCAUUAGCUGUUCUUCAUCAGUGGUACGCUUUUCCAAGAAUAGGUUGUGCCUUGGUCCCUGAACAUGUGGAAACACGUCCACUUUAUAAUCCUGAAAAACCAGGUAUCGAGCAAGGAAAGCUGGAAAUGUGGGUUGACAUGUUUCCCAUGGAUAUGCCUUCACCAGGACCAUCAAUCGACAUUUCACCGAGAAAGCCUAAAAGUUACGAACUUCGUAUUAUCAUAUGGAACACCGAUGAUGUUGUAUUGGAGGACGACGCAUUUUUCACUGGUGAAAAAAUGAGCGAUAUUUACGUCAAAGGAUGGCUGAAAGGUCCAGAAGAUUGCCAGUCUACUGAUAUUCACUACCGUUCUUUAACCGGAGAAGGAAAUUUUAAUUGGCGCUUCAUAUUUCCGUUCGAUUAUCUCGUAGCGGAAGAAAAGAUUGUUAUCAAUAGAAAGGAAAGUCUUUUUAGUUGGGAUGAAACUGAAUGCAAAAUUCCGGCUCGCUUGGAAUUACAAGUCUGGGAUGCAGAUCAUUUUUCAGCUGACGAUUUUCUGGGUGCUAUUACUCUCGAUUUAAAUCGAUUUCCUCGCGGUGCAAAGAAUAGCAAACUUUGCACGUUAAGUAUGUUGAAAACCGAUGGAUCUGUGCCAACUGUAAAUAUUUUCAAACAGAAACGAAUAAAAGGUUGGUGGCCUUUCUAUGUUAAAAAGGAAAACGAAGACAUGGAAUUAACGGGUAAAGUAGAAGCUGAAAUUCAUUUAUUAACCAAAGAAGAGGCUGAGAAAAAUCCUGCAGGUUUUGGAAGAAACGAACCGGAUCCGCUUGACAAACCAAACCGACCUGAUGCAUCGUUCAUGUGGUUUUUGAAUCCUUUAAAAUCUAUUAAAUAUAUCGUAUGGCAUAAUUACAAAUGGGCAAUCCUAAAAGCUAUCAUAACAAUUGGGAUAAUAAUACUCGUAUUAUUGUUCUUUUAUGCGAUACCUGGUUAUUCUGUUAAAAAAUUAUUGGGAGCUUAA